AUGUCUGACGACAAGUUCCUCGCCGCUUCGGCAAAGCACCCUAUAGUGCCUAACCAUGUCUACAAAUAUGGCACUGCGGGGUUCCGUAUGAAGGCCGAUCUUCUUGAUGGUGUUUCGUUCCGCGUCGGUCUCCUAUCUGGUCUUCGAAGCCGUAAGCUCAAUGGCCAGGCCAUUGGUGUCAUGAUCACUGCUAGCCACAACCCAGCUGUCGACAAUGGUGUCAAGAUCGUUGACCCCAUGGGCGAGAUGCUUGAACAGGAGUGGGAGACAUAUGCUACCAAGCUCGUUAAUUCUCCUUCUGAUCAGGAGCUUCUCGAUAACUACAAAGCUCUGGCUUCUCAGCUUAAGAUUGACCUCUCCUCUCCUGGCCGCGUCGUCUAUGGCCGUGACACUCGUCCUUCAGGCCACUCCCUUGUUGCUGCCCUCGCUGAUGCUUUCGAGGCUACCAACACAGAGUACACCGACUACAAGAUCCUCACCACCCCUCAGCUUCACUAUCUGACACGAUGCGUCAACACCGAGGGCACCCCUAAGGCCUAUGGCAAAGUUAGCGAGCAGGGUUAUUACGAGAAAAUGUCCGAGGCUUUUACUCGCGCUCUUCGAGGUCGCAAGCCCCAGGGACAGCUUAUCGUGGAUUGCGCCAACGGUGUUGGGGGUCCCAAGCUCUCUGAGUUUCUCAAGGUCUUGCCUCAAGGUACCAUCGACAUCAAGGUUGUUAACGAUGAUGUCCUCCGGCCCGAGGUUCUGAACCUUGAUUCUGGAGCGGACUUCGUCAAGACGAAGCAGCGAGCCCCUCCCAGCCCGAAGCCUGUCCCCGGCGCCCGAUGCUGCUCUCUCGAUGGUGAUGCCGAUCGUCUGAUUUACUACUGGGUCGAUCCCGAGACAGGCUUCUUCAUGCUUGAUGGCGAUCGUAUUUCUUCUCUCAAUGCCUCUUUUAUUGGUGACCUCGUUCGAUCUGCCGGUCUUGCUGAUGACCUCCGCAUUGGCGUUGUUCAGACCGCCUAUGCCAACGGUGCCAGCACGAAUUAUAUUGAGAAGCACCUUCAGCUUCCCGUCGUCUUCACUCCUACUGGCGUGAAGCAUUUGCACCACGCUGCUUGCCAGUUCGACGUUGGUGUUUACUUCGAGGCUAAUGGUCACGGUACUGUCGUCUUCUCUCAGGAGGCCAUCCGUGCUUUCCGUGAGACCAAGCCUCAGUCUCCUGCCCAGAAGGAUGCUCUCGACACCCUCGCUGCUGUCAGCGAUCUCAUCAACCAGACCGUCGGCGAUGCUAUUUCCGAUAUGCUCAUGGUUGAAGUCAUUCUCGCCCACAAGGGCUGGACUCUCAAGGAUUGGGCCAUGACUUACAAUGACCUCCCUAACCGUCUUGUUCGCGUUGAAGUCGGCAACAAGGACCUGUUCCAGACCACAGAUGCUGAGCGCCGUCUCAGCCACCCUGUGGGUGCCCAGGAUGAGAUCGACCAGUGUGUUAAGAAGUACACUAGUGCUCGAUCCUUUGCUAGAGCCAGUGGUACUGAGAAUGCCUGCCGUGUCUAUGCGGAGGCUGCUACUCGCUCCGAGGCCGAUGAACUCGCUAACAAGGUCGCUCAAAUCGUCAAGCAGUUUGGUUCUUAA